UUUGUGUUGGUAGUGAGUUCAGAUCGCCAGACAAACUGUGGUUACCCACAUUUAGUAUGAAAGCGUUUCAUGAUUACUUUGUGAAAUACUGAAAAUAACAGAGAGGCAUUGAAUUACAACGGUCAGUAAACUAUGGAAAUACCAGCCAUAAAUCUUAAGGGCAUCGUGUUGGUUCACUGGUUACUGACAGUCUGGGGAUGUUUGAUACAAUGGCUUCCUGAUUCUUAUGUGUUGGGGAAUAUGAGUGUUCUUGCAUUGGGUGUAUGGGCCAUCGCACAGCGAGACUCGAUAGAUGCUGUGAUAAUGUUUUUGAUGGGAUUGGCCGUGACCAUCCUGACCGAUAUUGUUCAUAUCGGGGUAUACUACACACAAAGUGAAAUCUUGUAUGACAAAGCCGGACGGGAUACAUUUCGCUUCAGUGCAGGCAUGGUCAUCCUGAGUCUGCUGCUUAAACCCCUUUCUUGCUUAUUUGUCUAUCAAAUGUACCGUGAGCGGGGCGGUGACUACAACAUCAACUUUGGUUUUCCAACAAUAACUAGAAACAGAGACAACUAUCAGUCCAUCGACCAGCAAAAUCAGUCUGGUGGUCCUACCAACUCGAUCGGCCAGUCGGAAGAUGUCCAACCCGGACCACGAUCUUACUGAGAAUGACAAAGAAAAAAAAAACAUCAACCAACUCCCACUGUGGUCUCUUUAUUGUUUGUUUUUGAUUGUUUGGUAAAAGUAACCAAAGGUAACAAACGGAACAUAAUGUCAAAGUGUUUGGUUGUUAGGGUGUUAUCAAGAGUUUGGGUUGUUCAUGAAGGUAUGUUGAAUAAGGGGUUUGACAGAAUAAUUACAAUCUCUAAAAGCAAGAAAUGGUAAAAACAAUUAUACAGAUACUUUAUAGAUCAGAUCCUUCAUAGAAGACCUCUGUGACAUCACUGAAUUGUUCUUCAGUCUGGUUGUUGUCUUUUGCUCUUUCCUCAAGGUUAUACUGUAUAUGUUUAUGUAUAUGAUCUGUUUCCAAAUAACAAUCACUCAGUAGGUUUGUAAAGCUCAUGAUGAGCUGCAAAAAGGUCUCAUGAUAUUGUAAUAUUGAGGUGUUUAGUAAAUAUCCUGCUAAGAGCCAAUCUAAUAGUCAGUUGGAAAGGACAAAUUAUUUUUUUUAUCUUUUUCUCAUGUAGUCUUUUGGAAUGUUGUGUGGAUCACUUAAAUAAUUAUUUGAAUUAUUAUUGACAAUGUUUAUUCUAUGUUUAUCCCAUAUGCCAUACAAUCUGUUCUUUAUUUAUUUAUUUGAUUGGUCAUGCACAUCGGAUUAUUUAUUUGCUUAAUAUGGUAAUGUCUGAAAACUGGGAUUCAUAUCAAAUUUUAAAACAUAUAAACUUGGAGUAAAAAAUUGGUUUUAUAAUUAGGUAAAUUUAGAGAAUACACUCUUAAAAUGAAGUUGCUUGAAAGGUUCUUCACAAUGAUGCCAUAGAAAAAACAUUUUAUGUUUUAUGGUGGUGGUUGAGAAGAAUCCCCUUUCAUAUGUAAAGCGCUUUGAGUGCUGCAGAAAAGCACUAUAUAAAUGUAAUGAAUAAUAAUAAUUAUUAUUAUUAUACUUUUGCAGUGGCAGCGGUGACUUCUUUUAUGAGGGGCGUGAAUUCAAAAUAUGUGUGGCUCGUCAUGUCAAAAUAUGUGUUUGUUGCGCCAUAUGAACCAUGUGCACACACUUCAACAGGGAUUUAUGAUAAAAGAGACACUCGCAAAUACUCGUAAGACAGGCUUAUUGUAUUUUGACACCAUGUGUGAUGCACAUAAGGUUACAUGACGUGACGAGCUUCGCAUAGUGCGCCCUCGAAAAAGAAGUCACCGGCAAUCAAUGUACCCAUGUAUAAUCAUUUUUUUCACCACAGAUGAUCUUUUUUGAAACAAAAGGUUUCUUCUUUAUGGAACCAUAAAGUACCUUUAUUUUUAAGAGUGUAGGUUAAUAAAUGUUAAGCAUGUGUCUAAAAUUGAAAAACAGAUGGUUUAUUUUGAGGUCAUCACCAUUAUAUUGAUAUCUGUUAGUGAAAGCACUGCUGUUACUCAUUACAAACCCAGAACCUGUAUGAAAACCCUCAGUAUUUUUCCUGUUCUGAUUGUGGGCACUGAUGUUGCAACGGUUACACACUUUCAUACACGCUCACCAGUGUUAUUUUGUCAGCUAUAUAAGAAAUAAGGUUUACAGUUGCAAUUCUGUUACUUAUAAUUUUGAAGAUGCAGCAAUGUUUCCAUACAUUUAAGAGCUAUAGACGGUCAUAACAUUAACCCCAGUCUGGCUUAAGCUCAGUGCAAGUAAUAAAACCACAAAAAGUCAAGUGCCAUGUAAAACUCGUGUCAAUAUGUUUUAAACAUUUACUUUUGUACACAAAAUGAUGUGCUGAGUCAUUAAAUGUUUUAGUUAUUCAGUAGCUUGUAAUUCAUCAUGUUAGGGAUCGGUUUACUUUAAGAAUCAUUUUAAGUUGUUAUGAAAUUUAAGCCGUUCUCUAUUUUUUUGUUAAAGCUGUAGCAAUGUUGUAGUUUUUAUCCUGUUUCAGUUGUUCAAAAAGCAUGAUGCAAAACUUGCACCAGUUUGACCACAGAAACCAGAACUCUUAUGUGGGAGAUGACGUGGACA